AUGAGCGACGGCCCGAAAGAAGGCGUGAAGGAGGUGUGUAUACCCGAGGCAUGUACAAACUUUGACAUGGAGACAAAUAUAUCCACAUCAAAGAUUGCUCAGGAUUUUGAAGGAAUAACUCUUGCAAAGAACACUGCUAUGCGUAGAAGAAGGCAUUCAUUGUUCGAGACAAAAGAGUUGCCCAAGAUACGAGAGGGAGACCAUGGUGUCGCCGUCAUGACACAUGCUGAUUAUCCUUUGCGGAGUCGCUCGAAAUCCCUUCCGUUCGAACCUGAAAAGCGAAAGAUUCCAAUUGGAUUCGAGCAAGAAAACGUCAGAAAGCUUCUUCAAGAGGUUCUGGAGAGUAAACUUAAAGGAAGAAGUUAUGUAGCGAGCGAAUGCGCAGCGUUAACACGAGAACUAGUAAACAUUAUGCGCGACAAAGUUGCAGCACUCGAUUUGAACAAGUACAAAUUUAUUUGUACUUGCUGCAUUACGCAGAAACUCAAACCGCCUCUUGCCAUGCAAAGUGGCUGCGCCUGGGAUGAAAGCACGAUAGGGAUUGAUAAAGACGGUUUCGCUGAAUUUGUUUACAAGAACGACGAUCUCAUCGCAGUUGCUACGGUUUAUGGAGUUCACGCUCAGAAGAGGACGCAAGGACAGAGGUACAUAAAGAGUAUCAAGGGAUCCAUUUACUCGCCCAUCCCAGAGUGA